CAUUGUUGCUUCAGACCCUCUCACAUCUUCUCUCAUCCUCACCACCAAGACCUCACAGAGACCCCCUUCCCACCCUCUUCGUACUAUCAUCUUCUCGUUCUAUAUCUAAAGACACCAUUUUUUAGGGAGGAAGAGAAGAAAAGCAUCAAUCUGUCUUAAUAUCCACUGCUUUUGAUUCAUCCGCAAUGGGCCUCAGCUACAAGUAUGCUUCCUCCAUCCUCCUCUGUCCAGAGGAUAGCAGCAGCAUCCUGGGAUUCGAUGAUGGGGAGGGGGAGGAGCAGGACUUGCAUGGAGAAGCCCAAAGGCGUGACCUUUGCCAAUCUCCCGACAAAAAGAGUGGCUUUUGUGGGGGCAUUUUGAUGGACUUCACCUUGCAGUCGGAGGACUGUGUUGUCGAGCUGGUCGAGAGGGAGUCCCAGCAUCGCCCACAGGGUGACUACGCCGAGAGGUUGCUGAGGGGGCAAUUAGACAUGGUUGCCAGGAGUGAUGCCAUUGACAGGAUCCAAAAGGUUCAUGCACAUCACAAUUUUGGACCUCUCACUGCUUAUCUCUCUAUAAAUUACCUGGAUCGAUUUCUCUCCUCUUACGAACUCCCGUUUCAGCAAGAUAAGGCUUGGAUAACGCAGUUGCUAUCAGUGGCCUGCUUAUCUCUUGCUGCCAAGGUGGAGGAAACCGAGGUCCCUUUAUCUCUGGAAUUACAGGUAGGUGGUGCAGACCAUGUAUUUGAAGCCAGGACUAUACACAGAAUGGAGCUUCUAGUUCUUGGCACCCUCAAGUGGAGGAUGCAAGCCCUGACACCUUUCUCGUUCAUCGGUUAUUUUCUGUAUAAAUUUAGUGAUGGAAAUUUGCCAGAUAGCUCGUUAACUUCUUCUUCUGUGGACCUCAUUUUGGGCACUGUUAGAGAGAUUGAUUUCCUCGAGUACAGGCCUUCUGAGAUUGCUGCAGCAGUGGCACUGUCAGUCUUGAAGGAUACCCGAAUUCUGGAUCUUGACCAGGCUUUAGCUCGCUGCAUCCAUGUAAAUAAGGAAAGGGUCUUGAAGUGUCAUCGAGUGAUUCAAGAGAUGACAUCGAUGAAGAACAGGACAAACAGGAACACCAGUCCAUCGAUAUCUGCUGUGCCAAAGAGCCCGAUUGGGGUACUGGAUGCUGCAUGCCUGAGUGAUGAGAGUGAUGAUGUAGCAGUUGAAUCACAUGGAAACUGUCUUCUUCACUCCUCUCCAGCUGCCAAAAAGAGGAAACUGAACAGACCAUCAACUUCAUGAGUGUUCACCUGUUUGAUAGUUUUUGCCAAAUCCAAUUAAUUUGUUUCUGAAGAGACUUAAGUGUGGCCAGGAUGAGCUGAAGUAUGUUGUUGACUUGAAAUUUAACAGAGGAGAAAAUGAGAAUAAGUCA